UAUGCUGAAAUGUGCCGAAGAAAUCGAAUCGUCUUGGGCCACUACAGCAUCCAAGUGUUACAAGACGAAAACAAAGCGAGGAAGAAAAGGAUAUGUACGGAUAGCAGGACCAACGUCGGUGGCUGAAAUGUGAGAGAGGGAAGCAGUACAACAAGGCGAAUGACCAUCAAAGCUUGGACUCGUCACGAGUGGCCUCCCCAAUUCCCCCUAGAUGUCUUGUGGAUGGGGCGUGCUGGCAUGAGGCUCUCGGAAGCCGAGUCGGCGUCCGACUGCAUCCUCGUGGUCGGCGUGUCGCGUCCAAAGCUGGCCGCGGCCUUCCUCACGGUCGCCCUGAUCUCGCUCUUUCUCACCUUCCACAUACUCUACGACAGCGCGCUUUACAGUCUACACGCAGCGGCGGCCGCGGCAGCUCGCGAGGCCGUUGAUUCUUCGUCGUCCUCGUCGUCCCUGGACCUAUUGGUUCUCGACAAUGGCAUCGACGACAACAGCUACGAAAGCAACAGCAUCGACGUCGUCGCCGCUGCCCCCUUCGGGACACCGCCCGCGGCCGUCACGCCCUCACUGCAGCUCCGGAUGACGGCGGCCUACAACACGGCCUCGCCGCCGGCCAAGGCCCACUUUCCCAAGACGAGCCGACAGCUGCCCCAGGCGAUCAUCGUCGGGGUGCGCAAGUGCGGCACUCGGGCCCUCCUCGAGAUGCUGUUCCUGCAUCCGCAGAUUCAGAAGGCCGCUGGCGAGGUGCAUUUUUUCGACCGCGACGACAAUUACUCCAAGGGCCUCGAGUGGUAUCGGAAAAAAAUGCCGUACUCGUUCAAGGGCCAGGUGACCAUCGAAAAGAGUCCGAGCUAUUUCGUGACGCCUGAGGUACCGGAGCGAAUCUUCGCCAUGAACGCGUCUGUGCGUCUGUUGGUGAUUGUACGUGAGCCAGUUACGAGGGCCAUCUCCGAUUACGCUCAAUUGCGCAGUCACGCGUCGUCUACGCCGUCACCGCCAACGUCGUCCUUCUCUUCCUCCUCGUCCUCGUCCUCGUCCUCGUCCUCCUCUCCUUCGAUGUCACCCGUCAGCAGCAACAGCGUCAACAGUUUUCAAAGUCCAAACUCGUCGACGUCGACGUCGCUUCAGCAACAGCAGCAACAGCAGCAGCCACAGCAGCAGCAGCGCAGUUUCGACGAAUUGGCCAUCAGAUCGGACGGGACGAUAAACGAGUCGUAUCGGCCGAUCGCCAUCUCCAUUUAUCACAUGCACAUGUAUCGCUGGCUCGAGGUGUUCGAGCGCCGUCAGAUCCUGAUCGUGAACGGCGACCAGCUGAUCGACGACCCGGUGCCCCAGCUCAAGCGCAUCGAGAGCUUUCUGCGCCUCGAGUCGCACAUCGGCCGCCACAACUUCUACUUCAAUCACACCAAGGGUUUCUACUGCAUGCGCAGCGACAGCGAGGAGAAGUGCCUGAAGGAGAGCAAGGGACGCCGCCAUCCGCGCGUCAGCCCCAUGGUCGUGAGCAAGCUCAGGCGCUUCUUCAGCGAGCACAAUCGCAAGUUUUACGAUCUCGUCGGCGAGGAUCUCGGCUGGCCUGAGGAGUAAAGAAAAAGAGUCGAGAUAAGAAGUAGGAAGAAAAGGAAGAAAAAGAUGCGCAUCAACUAUCGUCGUUUCUCGUUCUCUCGUACGCGUAUAUGUAUGUGUGUACAUAUUCGAGUGCACGUAUGUCAGUGUGAGUGUGCGAGUGUGUGCGUGUGUUGGACGGAGAGAGGUCAGCGACCUCGUAAAUGUACUGCCAGUGCGGAGAAACUAUUUUACUUCUGCAAUAUAUAAUGCGGGCUCGAGUCAGCAUAAAGUUGAGCACGUCGAUUGCUCGGACAGUUUGCUUGAAAGUUCAGCUCUAUAUGUAUACUUAUGCCGUGUCUGCACCUAUAUGCCCCGCAGCCUCCGUCGAACGUUAGCUUCGAAAUUAAAUGCUCGAACGCUGCUACAACUGCUGCAGUACCUGACAAAGUCAUCGCGAUAUAUUUUCACGAAAUUACGUAGAUACAACGUGUCGUUGAGCUUUUAAUUUGUUACAUUCGAUUGAUCGACGUUUUUUCUCGUUCUCUUUCUCUCGCUCUCCUUCUCUUUCAUCGCCUCCGCUGCCGAAUGUACAAUGAGAUACAAAGAGAAUUUCUCUAUACGAAUGACAACGUACAAAAGCUCGCCAAGUAUUUCUAUGAAAAUCGAUGCGGCAUUGUUGCGCACCCGUACUCGCGCGAGAGAGAAAGAUAAGUUCAUAAAAAAAGAGAGAGAGGGGAAAACGGUAAAACGAGGAAUCCCUCUUUUGCGCGCACUCUUUGACACCAUAGUGCGAGCAAACGAGCGAAAGGCAAUGCUCAAAAAACAAUUGUAAAUGUCGCAGCUGUAUAUGACAACACGCACACGUAUACCUUUAUGUACGUACGUUGCUGCACGAUCGCGAAAAAUAGAACAUUGUUACAAGUGCUUUUGUCGAUCGCUGCAGCGUAAAAUUUUUCCGCCUCCCUCUUCUCCCUCCGAGGCAGUCAGCUCCCCGAGUAACGAUUUGAAAAAUAUGCAAAAAACUAGAUAUAUAUGCGCAGUAAAUCCGAAUGUGGCAAUGUAUUCAAGCUUUUCCAGCGACGCACUUCAAAACAACGAACUCCAAAAAAAAA